AUGUGUUCUAUUGAUGGAUUACUUGAUAUGGAAGCGGAUGUUCUGCAAAAUGGGAAACGAAAAAGAAAUAAUGUUUCUUGUCGUGAAUACUACUGUUACAAACUCCAGAUGAGAGAUAAUGAGAAAAAUGGAGUUUUACAUUCUCAUAGAUUAUUUCAACAAUAUUCAGUUGAUGAAUUCAUAAAAGUAGAAACUCGGAGAUUAGAUUUUGCCUCAUUUAACCAAGAUUUAUUUUGGAUUGAUGUACUACAAGGACUUUUAGAUAUCUUGAGACUUGGCGAAAGAGAAGCUUCUAAGAUAGGAAAACAAAACUUUCUUCCAACAAUUUUUACGGGUGGUCCAAGAGAUAUGCGUCAACGUUAUAUGGAUGCUAUCGCGUUAGUGCAGCAUUUUGGAAAGCCUGAUAUAUUUCUGACCAUAACAUGUAAUCACUCUUGGCCUGAAAUAAAGGAACAUUUGCUCCCAACAGAUGAAACUCAAAAUAUGCCUGAUUUAAUUAGUCGAGUAUUCAGAGCAAAGGUAGAAGAGAUGAAAACAGAUAUAUUAAAAAGAAACAUAUUUGGAAAAUUUGCAGCCUUUAUGUACACUAUAGAAUUUCAAAAACGCGGUCUUCCACAUGCCCAUUUUCUUGUUAUACUUACUGAUGACUACAAAUUAUUAACGCCCGAGGCUUAUGACAAAUUUGUUUGUGUUGAGCUGCCUGACCCUGAUACAUACUCUUACUUACAUAAGCUUGUCGUUAAACACAUGAUGCAUGGGCCUUGUG